GCUGUCAAUAUUUGAAAUAACAAAUAUGAUCCAUAAAAGUACCUACGUACUUUAUGAAAUAUUACAGUUUUUAAUUUUAAUUAGACCUGUAUGAAACUACUAAUAAUGGAUUUAGAAGAUGGCUUUGAUGAUCUAUUAGCUGAAAUAAAUGAACCAACAUCACCAAAACAAUUAAAAAUCGAUCAGGAUUCUGUGCAACCAGGUACUUCAAAGCCCUCUGUUUCAAAGACACAUUGCGUUUUAGUAAAUCAAAAACAGCGUGGAAAUCCACUUUUAAAGUUCAUAACAACGGUUCCUUGGGAAUAUGAUGAUAUCAUACCAGAUUACGAAAUAGGAAAAACUAUAUCUAUACUUUUUCUAUCUGUGAGGUAUCAUAAUCUUAAUCCAGAUUAUAUUAAUAACAGAUUAAAAGAAUUGGGUAAAAAGUAUGAACUUCGUGUGCUUUUGGUGCAGGUUGAUUUGAUAGAACCACAUUCAGUUUUAAAGAAUCUGACACGAAUAUGCUUCCUUACCGAUAUGACGCUUAUGUUGGCGUGGAGUCCAGAAGAGUCUGCUAAGAUAAUAGAAAACUAUAAGAUAUUUGAAAACAAACCACCCGAUAAGAUUAUGGAGAAAAUAGAAAAUGAUCCACACCAAAAAAUAAUCAAUGCUUUAUCAUCAGUCAAACCAGUUAACAAAACUGAUGCAAUGACACUCAUUACUAAAUUUGGUACAUUGGCAAAUAUCAUUAAAGCAUCGGAAAGUCAACUUGCCGACUGUCCAGGUUUCGGUGCAACUAAAGCUAAAAAACUAUACAAAGCUCUCCACGAACCAUUUCUUAAGAAAAGUAACACAAAUAUUAAUACUGAAAAUAAAGCUGAUGAAUUUGUAGAAAACAUUCGUGUAGAAGAUAUAGAGAAAAUCGAAGAUGAAAUAAAGAGCCAGUAGUGUGUUAAAUUUUUAUAUAUUCGUUGUGUAAAUAAAAUGUAAUGAAAUAAAA